CAACAGGAUUCAAACUAUUGUCCUCUCUGCGUCUGAUUGUCAGCCGUUUUAUCUUUUAUUCCAUUUACUUGGCAUUAGCCAGUCUAACUCAUUCCACAAACACUUGCUUCUUCUUCUUCUACAAAUCACAAUUUAUUUACAGGUUUUAUUUCCGGUCGCCAUUUAUUAUGUUCUAACUCAACCCACAAUUUCUUGGUUGAUAAUGGAGAAGAGAAGAAUUGGAUCAAGUAAAGUUGCUGUUAAUAUGUAUGAAGAAAUGAUUCUUGAUGGUAAUUCUUCAGUGAAGAAACCCCAGAGUCAACAGGCUUUUCCGGAGAAGCCAUUGUCAAAAGCAAGGGAGCUUCAUAUUGCAAGAAGGGAUAUGAGUCGAUAUAAAGAGAGUAGAAGAAUUGCAGAAUCAGAAACGUUUAAAGCCGAGUCUGAACUCUCUAGUGCAAAGAAAACAGUGAAGGAUUUGGCUUCAAUGAUAGAGGAAUCAAAUUUCAAAGCUAAGGAAAGGAUUAAAGAUGUUGAAUCUUUGAAAAAGAAAGGAAAACUCGACGUCAAGGCAUCGGUUUUUCGUUGUGUCGAAAGUUAUCAGUGCGUGGAAGUUAUGGAAGAACUGGAAAUGGUGAAACAUGAACUCAGUGAACUUAAGCUUGCAAUGGCAUCUGUAAUGGCAGAUAAAGAAAGAGCAGUGAAGGAGUUUGAAGAUUCAAGCAAGAAACUGUUGUCUAAUGGUAAGCAUAUAGAAGAGCUCAGGAAGGAAAUUGAGGUGGCUAAUGAGGAACAUGUUCUAGUCGAAUUGGCUAAGAUGGAGGCAUCAAAAGAAGCUGCAGAUAUCGAAGCUCAAAAAGAGAAAGAAGUUGGUGAACUGUCAUGUAGGAUGGCAGGAACGAAGAAGAAAAUGGAGGACAUGAUCAACGAGAUUGAUCAGACUGGAGAGUUGGAACAAAGAUUGACUGUCACUUUGUCUGACAUUAAUGUCUUACAAGAUGAACUCAAGCAAGUCAAGGAUCAACCACCUUCAUUAGAGUCAACCAACAAAGUGUUGCAGGCAGCUAAGAACGAAUUGGCUUCGAUUCGAGAAGAGGGUUUUCGGUAUAUGUCAUCCAUGGAUGUUAUCCGAAAUGAGCUGAAACAUGUUAUAGAAGAAACAAAAAAGUUGAAGAAAACAGAGGAAAAGACAGAUUUGAGAGUUAAAAGUCUCAAUUCAAAGCUGUUAAGAGCCAAAUCAAAGUUGGAAGCAGCGACAGCAGCUGAAGAAAAGGCUAACUCUAUUGUGGCCAAUCUUUCCCUCUCACUUGAACAGUUAAGACUUGAAGCUGAAGCAUCAACGAAAGAGAAGGCUCUUAUAGCCGAAGAAGCUGCAGCAAUCGCAGAAGAAAUCCGGAAAACCGAGUCCAAAAUCGACUCAACCGAGGAAAAGUUGCAGGCAGCUGUGGGGGAACUAGAAGCAGUUAAGUCAGCAGAGACUUCAGCUCUAGAAAAGUUGAGAUCUCUCAUAGAGACUACAAUGCUAUCUAGAGCUUCAGCAUCCGAUCGGAAUUCCACGAUUACUAUAUCGAAAUUUGAGUACGAGUACUUGACCGGACGUGCGGUUGGAGCUGAAGACAUUGCUGAUAAAAAAGUUGCUGCAGCUCAGGCAUGGAUUGAAGCUCUCAAAGCUAGUGAAAGGGAGAUAUUGAUUAAAACCAAAAUGGCUCAAAGUGAUCUCAAGGAGAUGAGGGUAGAGGAGGAAGAAGAAGAAUAUCGAACCCAAAGGUCACUUUCAGCUAAGAAAAUGAUAGAGAAAGAACUAAGAAACUGGCAACUUGUUGAACAAAACAAGCAAUCAUCAUUCAAUAGAAGGUCAAUGAAAAGCAAUGGCAAUUCGACACCGUUAGGAAAAUCGAAGUUCCGUAGAUCAUUGUCACCGGCGAUACGGGUGAGUGGAUUGACCCCAUUCAGCAUUAAGAAGAAGAAAAAGGGGAUGCCAAAUCUAGCCAAGCUCUUCACAGGUAAGAAAGUUGAUAAAGAUGCUUAAGCUUGUGACGAAUCCUUUCUGUCAAAAAUGAAAAUGUUGCAUAUUACAAGCAUUUGUAGCUAACAGUUGGGGUUACGUUUUUCAAUGGUUGCUUGUUUCCGAGUUAGCUCUUAACAAAAACUUGAAUUAAAAGAGAGUGAUUGAGGCAUUUACUAAUAUAAUUGUAGGUGAGUUUGUUUAGACAUGUGAUGUAAAUGAAUGCAGACUGUAUAGCAAAGAAGUAUUCCAUAUAGGUUUCA